AUGAAUCAAGAUUUCUAUUGUCAACAACAUAAUAACCAAUCACAACAACAACCACAGCAACCACAAUUGCAACCACAAUUGCAACAACCACAACCACAACCACAAUUGCAACAACAGCAAUCAUUGCAACCUGUUUUGCCUCCGUAUGAUAUCAAUGCAUUGUUAAUGGAUGAUCCAUUUUCUACUGAUUUGAUAUCCACUCCUCAAUUGUAUUAUUCCCCUUCUCUUCAUGAAGAGUCAACUUAUGUGCCACAACAUCAAGAUCAGCACCAACAGCAACAACAAUGGCUUAAUAAUUCACCAAUGUCACACCAGUGGUUUGAUCCGCCUGUCGGCAACAUAUUAGAAGAGCAAGAACAAAGAAAAGAAACACCGCUCAAUGAAAAAAAAUACGUCUGUCCGAUAUGUCAUCAUAGAUCAAAACGAAGACACAACAUGGUUGAACAUAUGCAGACACAUGAUCCAAACAGGCCCAAGUUAUUCUCUUGUGGUAUCUGCCAACGUCCCUUUGCUAGAAAAUAUGAUAUGAAGCGUCAUGAAAAGAUUCACCUUAAGAAAUAA